AUGAAGACAGUCACCGUCUUUGUUCUGCUGGCUUUUGUCAUCAUGGGGCUGGAGGUGGCCUGGGCUCAGAAGUCUCCUGGCAAAGGACAACAGAGACCUGGAUUCUGCCCAGAGUUGCCCAAAGGUACUGUAGGAAUUUGUGUUGAACGGUGCUCAGGAGAUUAUUCCUGUCCUGAGGGAAUGAAAUGCUGCAGCAAUGGAUGUGGUCAUGUCUGCAAAGCUGCUGUCUUCAACAAGAUUGGCUCUGGUGGCCGUGCGAAAGUGAACUGA